UGUGAUUCCGACCAUUGAACUUGGUUCAACAUAAUGACUCAACAGGUGCAAUAUUACGAUCUACGCAAAGAAUGGGACAUGUGGUCGUGACUCCCAUGUGGUGCGAUGAGUCACCUAGCUGCGAUAUCGAUUCGACUGAAACAUCAUACAAGUCAUCAUGAUUGCUCGAUUGCAUGCCAUGCAUCAGAGAUCUAGAAUGCUGCUUAACAUCCUCGUCAUCGUCUUACUGGCUGUUGACAUUGCCUGCACAGCAAUUGCGGCAACAGGACUCAGGGAUAUUGUAGCGGAGGAGCUGAUACUCUCUGGCGCAUAUAUUUGCAAUUAUGGAUAUGAGGGGUAUAUUUUCAAUGGUUUGGAUGCUCGACGUUGUUUUGGAGGUCCUCGCACUGUGUCUUUCAGUUUAUAUUGCUGUGAAACACUUUCGUGCCAACCUGCGAUGACUCGUACCAUCGGGGACUGUUUCAGAGUGCUGAUAAAAUGUCACGUAUUUUAUCUUACAAGUUCUAGUUUUGUCUGUGCCUCUUGCCUCCAACUUGGUCUUCUCUCUGUGGAGCUCUCGAAUCCAGAUUCUAUUGGAGUUCUGACGUUCUAUGGUGUUGUUCAGAUUUUAUUCGGCGUACAGAUGUUUGUGCUGGGACCACGCCUAAUCCUUAGCAUUAUCACGCAAAACUCGUGGCAGACUCCGACGCAGAAACUAGCAUGAAUCCGAUUGUUUUCCAGGAGCGUGUACAUGUACCAACUAGCAGUAUUGUGUAGAGAAAUGUCCGCAAGGAUCUCUCUCAGUAUUUAUUCAAGUUGUGCUGUUUCGUAUAUGUAGAAGGUCUAGGCAAACCUUUGUCUUGUUGCAUCAAUACUGGAACGAAGUAUAGCCACCCAUG